AUGACCCCAACCGUUCUCGGAACAGCUGCAUCGACUCGUACCCAGCGAGUCCUACUCACGUUGGAAGAGCUGGGUAUCGACUAUGACUUGAAAGUAGUUGAUCUCUCCAAGGGACAGCACCACGUCAGGGAAGGCACAGACAGCGGUGAGGCCAAGAGCUUACGACAUCACAGGACCCGGAAUAUGUCAGAGACCAUCAUCCUGUUCCAAGACGACGGGAUCGAGAUCUUUGAGUCUAGAGCCAUUGCUAGGUACCUGGCCGUGAAGCACAAGUCCCAUCUUGCUCCGCCUAGCGAUGAUCCAGGGGCAUUGGCAGUUUUCGAGCAAGCCGCUAGCGUGGAGUACGCUUACUUUGAGCCCGCAGUUUCUACCCUAGGAUUUGAGCUCAUUUUUAAGAAGUAA